AUGGGAAUGGAUUUGCCGGGUCUGGCUGGGCCAGAGUUCCAGGGCCCUGGCCACAGGGGGAUAAUUCAACCUGCCAAUUGCCAUGGAAGUCCCGAUGAUGUCGAGAUCGGUUGCCUCACCCGGCCUGGGCACCACAUUUUCGGGGGAGCUCCAGGGGGAUUACAAGUGCGCUGUUAUAAUUUUGUCUGGAUUAAAGGAGUGUCCGGACCAUCUGUUGCUGGAAAAUCGGUGGUGGUUCUAAGCCAAGAAGCCGGAAGUGCGCGGUGGUGGCGGAGGCGACAGCAGCUGGUCCUUGUGUGCUCGUUCACUCGCAGCAAGAGGGUGGCUCUGGGCCCGGUCGCAGCCGAGGAGCGUGUCCAGUCUAGCCCAGCGGUGUCCACAGUCGCAGCAGAUUUGCCUCAGACAGAGGGGAAAGCCUCUGCCCUGUGGGAGAUGUUUGGUGACUGUGUUGCGAUGAUGGAUGAGUGUGAAGAUGUUUCCAUGGCUCUCAGUCCUGAUUUCUGUCCGAACUAUCGGCUGGACAGCAUUAAGUUGCUCUCGGUUAUCCAGGACUCCAACUCGUCCAUGUCCUUCUCCCCGGAGCCUACAACGUCGCCUCUGCAGAAUAAUUCCCUCAACAUGAGUAACAUUGGCUUCUGUGAAGGCGAGACUCCAAAGCGCUGCCUGGACUUGUCAAAUCUGAGUAAUGGGGGUGAGUCAUGGACCUCUCCAGAGAUUGUUCACAGAGGUCCGUGCCUUGGUUCACCUGGUCUAACAGAUGCACAACCUGGAGAAUCCAGGCAACCUGUGGGAAGAACCCAGCCAUCUCUGCCAGAGAUUCUCUGCAGCAGUCCAAUGUUGGUGACAUCAGAGCCUCAAUCUUUGGCCCAAAACCGCAUGGAUUUUGGAAGCCUGGACCACAACAAGGAAAAUGAAGGAGAUGGGUUUAAGAAGCCCAUUUGCCCAGCUCCUAAGAUAAUGUUGAUCCCCUUCCAAGAACACAAAUUAUGUGAAACAAUGUCUUCCUCUGUGUCCUCCUUGUUUGGCUUUGAGAUGGAAGAAAUCAGUCAAGUAACAUCAACCGAAUCUCAGUGCCUGGAUCAUUCCAUGAGCGACAACAAUACUUCUUUGCUUGUGGAGCAGAUUGAUAAUGAUUCAAAGAGGGAUUCAAACAUGAAUGUGGCCAUGUCCUCUAGCAUGGCUGCACUUUUCACUGGUGAGCUGAUGACGCAGGGGAUGGACACGAGCACAGUUCCGGUCCGCAGGGGCAGGCCAGGAUUGUUCCGGUCGCCUUCUCUGCCAGAGAGGCUGCACAGACCGUUCCUGAAAAGGUUGGAUAGAUCUCGGGAAACAGAUACUCCAGUGAAGACGAAGCGACAGAAGGGUUUUGAAUUCCCACCAGAGCACAAUGAACAGAAGAGGAAGGACGACCAGCUCAUGAGAGGAGUCAUGACCAGCUGCAAAGACAAUAUGACAAAUGUUUUGGAGGAGGAGAGCAACCCUAUGGAGCUGAUAGGAAACCAUUCUAAUGUAUAUGCAUUGCCCACUGUACUGGGUAAGCAUGAGGAAAUGAAGUAUAUCAUCCCCGAAACAGUGGCCAAGGUACUACAUGGAGAAUAUGACCACCUUUUAGGAGAAGUCUAUGUCAUCGACUGCCGCUAUCCUUAUGAAUUUGAAGGGGGACACAUUAAGGGUGCUCUGAACCAUCACAGAGCGGAUGACGCAAUUGAGUUUUUUCUGAAGAAACCCAUUAUUUCUAAAUCCAAGGACAAGAGAUUAGUUAUAAUCUUCCACUGUGAAUUUUCAUCGGAGCGAGCACCAAAGAUGUGUCGACUAGUGCGGGAGGAGGAUCGCAGUAUGAAUAACUACCCAAACCUGUACUAUCCAGAGCUCUACAUAUUGAAAGGAGGGUACAAGGCUUUCUUCUCUCAGUUCUCGAACUACUGUGACCCACCUACGUACUGUCCCAUGGAUCACGUGGACUUCCAGGAAGAGAUGCUGAAACUGCGAAAAAAGAGCAAAUCCUGGGCAGGAGAACGUCGCAGGAGGGAGCUCAUCUCCAGACUGAGGAAGAUGUGAAAAGUCAAUGAGACAUGCCACCUACCAGGAGCCUGAUCUGGGGGCCCUUCAUUACAGGACAUUGAUCCAUUCAAAGAUGUUCCAUAUCCACCACUGUCCAUAAAGUCACAAUGGAGGAUUAUCCAACCAUCCAGCUCUUAUGUUGCCAAUUCAAAGUAUGAAGGCCAACCUCAACUUGAUACAAUAAUGGAUUUGUAAUGUGAAGGUUCAUGGCCAUGAUUUUUUUUUAGCUACAGAAUUAUUUUUAUCAAAUAUUAGUUUUAUAAAUAUUUUGCCAUCUGGAAAAUCUACUUGCAAUCUCCAUCCAUCUCAAGGCCCUGGAUGAGUAGAUGGUUGGUUUUAUUAAUCUGCUGACAAACUGAAUGCCAGCUGACACUUUUCUCCCAAGCCGUCCAAAUGCCGCAAACCUCCCAUCGUGGUCAACUUGGCAAAAGCUUGGCAUCCAACUCUCAUGCCUCCAGGCAGGUGAAGAGAGUAAUAUGGGAAUAAUUACAUAAACACAAAUUUCUUUUUCUGUGCAUGGACGUCUGAGGAGAUGCGACACAUUGAUCUAUUUUUUUAUUGUUGCAAUGCAAGCUGCAAGAUUCUGCGUUUUGCAUCAUUUCUGAAGAAUAAUGCCACGCGGUUCCCCCUCCUUUUGAAUUAGCCCGGGUGAUAUUCGCAAGUGUUGAUGCAAACCAUUCUUGAUCAUUGUUUAUACGGUGGAGCCAUAUUGGCUCAGGGGCACUGAAGCUCGUUGUUUGAAACUCCCAGAUUGAGCUGGAUCCAGAUAUGACCUAUCCUAUGAGCUCUUACCAGAAGAGAGAACAUUAACCCCAUUUGCUCCAGACCAGUUCCAUCAAUAUAUAAAAUGUAUUCGCUCCAUGUUCAAGCAACUAAUUUCCUCAAAACAGUGGCGCUGGCCGGUGUUGGAUGUAAGGAGUAAUCCAAGCCCUGGAGUCGGGUAGUGUAUUCUGUGCAGUAAAAGUGGUAAAUUUCUUAUUCCUGUCCCAGGUAAUAGUAAACAACUGGAAUUUUAUUAAGUCUAUUUUGUUUUUUAUGGAAGCUGAUUCAUUCCAAGAUGUUCCACCUCCACUACUGCCUGUAACAUCACAGUGGAAGCUGAGAUGAACGUGACAUUUUCAAUUAAAAUACAGACUAGCAAGUAGAAUCUGAAAUGUCUACGAUGAAUAAGUCACUUGGAUUAAUAUGGCAUUUUAAUCUUUUCAUUUGACUUCAUCAUCCCCAGCAAGGCAAGCUGUUGUUGGGGCUUCCACCAACAUUGGUUGACGCUGCCACGGCACAUCAUGAAGGAACCAUGAGUUGGGUGGACCAUGUUAAUAUUCAAAGCGACUAUCAUGCCACAUUUUUACUGGAUUUUAGAUGAGUUGAGCCUUCAAUAUUCAUACUUGGGGAGUGGGCUUACGGAUUUAAUGCCCAUCAGUAAUUAACCUGGCAGUUUGCCUCCUGUCUUUAAAGCAGUGGCUCAUGGAGGGCUACUCCCAUAGUUAGUAAUUCACUAGGAAUUAACAGUAGUUUGGUCACCAGCUCAUUUUUAGCCACUUGGCCAACUUAAGUUUAUUUCCCCACAGUGAUGAUUAAUGAGUUUAUUACUGAGAGAUGGGAUGUCACAAUGAUAUAUUCCCAGGCACCCUGAGGAAUACAGUCUGGUCUUGUGGUCGGGUUAGCUGUGGUUGGAAAUGAUGACUAUCCUCUAUGGUUCGGUGACUGUGAGAAACCUCUGCUCGUGUCUAAAAUCUCCGUGAGAUGUACAAUUUCUUAUUUGCAGUGCGCCUUUAUUUGAAUCUUUUGAGUAUUAAUCUGAAAAUUAAAUGGAUGUGUUCUAAUCAUUUUGAGUUAUUUUGCAUCCCAAUUGUUUCAUGGGGUGCACUGAGCUCAAGAGGUUAUGUUUUAUUUUGAGUACCCUUCUCAAAGUAAGGAGUUGGUGUGAGGAAGGAAGGCUGUGUCCUUGGGGCUGUGAUCGUGUGACUGAGGUCUGGAAUGAGGAGGCUGUGGUUCUCCAUGUUGCUGAUGGCCAUUGCCGGGUGAAAGACCAUUGACUGAAGCUGCUCGCUCUCCUCGUGAGGAGAUGUCCUCCACGUUUUGGACCAUCGCCACCAGUUGUCUCUGAAGCCCAGUCCCCUCACAAAGUUGCAACCACAUUUUCUCUUGGCCAAUGGUAAUUUUAACAAAAACAUCAAUGUUGCAUUUUAAAAAGAAAACUGAAUGUAAUGGGAAUGGAAGCAGGCAUAUGAAACCUUUCUAAUUUAUCACACGUUUGCUGUCUCUUGAUAUUGCAUCUUGGUGAUCUAUCUUCUUUACACAUCUCUAUAUAUAUAGAGGCAAUACCCAGGUACGACCACCCAAUUGAUGCAUACACCUAGGUACAAAUACGCUAUCAUAAUAUUAAAUUCAUUGG